AUGGAGGAAGCUGCUGUUACCUGCUACUCCAAACCUUUGUUGUACUGGGUUGUUUGGAAGAGAAACAAUCUCCAGCCGAGGUUUUUUCCUUUCUCGGCCCUCACCGGGCCCCUCCCGGACGGCACCGACAUCACCCACGUCCUCUCCGUCGUCAGCUCCGCCUCCAUCUCCUUCAUCGCCGACUGCCGCCCGGGCCUCUCCAUCCCCGCCGAGGAGGUCCGCCGCGUGGUCGCCGGGGAGGACGGCGCGCCGCCCUCGGCGGUGGCCCCCGGGCGGCUGAUGCGGGUCGUGGAGAAGGCCGGGCAAGGGCUGAGGGUGACGCGGAUGGCCGUGCCGCUCAGGGACACCGAGGAGGAGAACCUGCUGGAUCACCUCGAGCCCUGCCUUGAUUUCAUUGACGAGGGGAGGAAGGAGGGCAGUGUGCUGGUGCAUUGCUUCGCGGGGGUCUCCAGGAGUGCUACCAUUAUCACGGCAUAUCUGAUGAGAACAGAGCAGAAAUCUCUGGAAGAAGCAGUAGAGUCUUUGAAGGAAAUUAAUGAGUCUGUUUGCCCAAACGAUGGUUUUCUUGAUCAAUUGAGAUUGUUUGAAGAAAUGGGUUUCAAGGUUGACACUUCAAGUAAUUUAUACAAGCGCUUCCGCUUAAAAUUGUUAGGCCAGUCCUACAAAAUUGGAGAGAAAAUAGGAAGCCAUGUACUGGAAGACGACCCCGGUGUUCCUCAACAGCCUAAUCCUAGCCAGGAAUUGUCAAACAAAGAGACCCAUAAAACAGCAUACCGCUGCAAGAAAUGUAGGAGGAUUGUUGCUGCGGAGGACAAUGUUAUCAGCCACACUCCUGGGGAGGGUAACUCUAGCUUCGAGUGGCACGACAAAAGGAAAGGCGGUCACACAUACAACAAAGAAAAAGAUUGCUCUUCUCUGUAUGUUGAGCCUCUGAAGUGGAUGACUCCAGCAGAAGAUGGUGCUUUGCAAGGGAAGCUAUCGUGCAUUCACUGCGGAGCACGGCUAGGAUACUUCAACUGGUCGGGGAUCCAGUGCAACUGCGGCAGCUGGAUCACCCCUGCAUUCCAAAUUUCCAAGAGCAAAGUUGAUAUAAGCACCAUCUAAAUCUUUUCCAGGGUUAACAAAAUUGUGGUUUUUACCAGGUUCAGGUGCUGUAAAUACUAUUUCAUCAGAAACCGUUGUGUGUGCACUA